AUUUAUAUAUUUAAAACAAAAGUUAAACAAUUAAUGUGCCAAUUACGAUAUCCUCUCUACCGGCAACUCUUUAUUCAAUUGCAGCUAACUUCAAAAAUAUUUACCGUUCAUUUAUUGUCUAAACAAGAGAAAAGAAAUAGUCAAAAUAAAUUGCAAUUGCACUUGAAAAUUACGACACAGAAAGAGGAAAAAAUAUCAAGAAAGUCGAGUAUAUAAUUGAAACGUAGUAGAAAUUAAUCAAAGUCACGCGAUAAAAGCAUUAAGCACUACGACUUGUAAAACGAAAACACUCAUUUGUGAAAUCAACAGUACUUGUGAAUUUGUGUGAAGAAAAUUUUGACAAUAUUUUUGUGGUUAAACAAAUAAUAUAUUCCACAGAAACCAUUGUAAUAGAACACAAUAAAAACAAAAAUUGUUGUAACAUAAACUAAAUAUGGGCCGCGUUUUCCUCGAGCAUAUUGGCGGCUCGAAACUGUUCAAUUGCGCACAGUGCCAGACAAAUCUUACCAAUCGCAGUCAAUUGAUAAGUACCAGAUUUACGGGUGCAACGGGUCGUGCAUAUCUGUUUAAGCGAGUGGUUAACCUGACAUUUAGUAAUGUCCAAGAGCGGGUUAUGCUUACGGGUCGACAUAUGGUACGCGAUGUAAUGUGUAAAAGUUGCGAUGCCAAAUUAGGCUGGAUGUAUGAAUACGCUACCGAAGAUGCACAAAAAUACAAAGAAGGACGCGUGAUUUUGGAGUACGCAUUGAUAAGUGAGACUGAGGGUUUUCAGGGUGAAAGCGGCUCUAUUCAUUGAAAAACAUUAAUAUUAGUGAAUUUUCAUUCAUUUUUCAUCUCGUACGAAGUCUACAUCGAGUCAGGUGCUCAGUCAGUUCUGCCAAGAGAAAGCAUUCUUAGUUAAUAAUACUUUUCUUUAGUAUUCAGCAGUUACCAAAAGUUACAUGUGAAUUAAGUUAGUGUUUACAUUGUCAAUUGAUCACAAUACGGUAAAAUCUCGGUAUUUAUUUUUAUUAUUUUAAGUGCGUAAAAAACAUAUAUGAAAUAUUGCACAUAUCUUUUAAUUUUCUAAAAUAAAUCCCGUUUUUUUCCUUAUGUUAAGUUCCUCGCGUUGGCAAUUUGUCUGUAUCCUAAUAUUAUCAUAAUUCUUAAGAUAUUAUUAAACAAUUAAAUAUAUUACAUAUAUACACUGCGCAUUCUCUUAAGAUUUCGAAUAGUAAUUUAAAUCUUUUAUAUUAUAUGAAAUAUUAAGAAAAUAAAAAUGCCAAAUAAGCAGUGUAAAAUCCAUGUGCCCGCUUAUCAGGGCAAUGAACUCCGGCGUACAUCGUCGCAA